AUGGCAACACGGCGACUUUUCAAGUUACCGAGUUAGAAGCUCAUUUACGUCCAUUAGGAAGUAGUCAGUCGCUCCUAGCAACGCAAAACAACAUGGCGGAGGUCACUCCCGUGCAUUUUUCGGCGACCAACGGAAUCGACGUGGAUCUUUCGCGGCCUACAGAAAUUAACGAAAGUUCUGCGUCAAAACCCAACAUGCCACAGUUUUCCGAGGUGUCGUUAAACAAGGACUGCGUCUCAGCGAAAAUCAAGUCUCCCCGGAAAAUACUCCACUUUAGCGAUGGCGUCUUGGAAGAAUACAGCUCGGAAGACGAAAGCGAAGCGUUAGUGCCGGACACCAGCAAUCUGACAGUUGCCGAUCCGAAAACAAUGUCAUGGUUCCCUUACUUCUUUCAUUUGGCACUGCGGAUGGGCACAAAAGCUCUAGCAGUGUGCGACUACCUCGGAGAACACUUGGCCUACUUUUUUGGCAUCACCUCACCAAAGUAUCAAUAUGAGCUCGAAGAGUACCAAAAAAUGGUUCAGGAGGAAGAGGAAGAGAAGCGGAGAGAGGCUGAACAAAUGGCUGGCUGGCGAUCGGCUGGCGAUGCUGAGAUUGGAGUUACGACUCAGCCCGGCGCCGCACCGUUGCCGAACAGCACCCAACGUUCGGCCGACGUCCCUCUCCAACAUUCGGCGGACGUUCCUCUUCCCCCCGUCCCGGCCACACCAGACCAACAAUCCAUGCAGUGGCAGCGGUACUGACUCUUUUCGAACCGCGUUGACGUGUUGGAUCUUUGAGCUUUCUGACGGCGUCACAAGGUCCAAGUGAUGCCGUUGGUCUCGGCCAGUGACAUGUGGCUGUGGCUGUGGCAUCUGUGGAAACGGCGCUCAGUCACAGUGUAUGUUUUUGGACGAAGUCUUGCCAAGAUAUGCGAGCCAUUCGAUUGGCAUCGAGUGAACAAGGCAAGCUAUUAAUGGAGAUGAAUUGCAUUCAAAUCUCGUUAAUUCAGACACUCUUAGUUCAAACUUGCGCAUAAUUCAAACUAACAUGCAGGCCCACCCUAUGCCUCUCUAUGGGAGAAAGCUCCCGGUAAUUCAAACUUUGCUUUAUUCAAACAAAUUUUGGGUCCCCCUCGAGUUUGAAAUAACGAGAUUUGACUGUAAUGUUAAAAUCUCUACAUACAAAUUGAAUGCGGUGUGUCGGUGAAAAGUAACAUAAAACAAACCUCAUAUUUGGGAUCAGUUGAGAAACAGAAACCUGUCAUUUCUGCAACGUACAUGGCUUGCUGUGUUCCUGUCUCAAUGUAACAUAUAUUUGGCAUAUUUCUGAGGUAAAUUGGCAUAUAAAUUACCUUUGUCUGCCACAAACAAUGCUCAGUUUUUAUGGAUCAGCAUGUUGAAAGUCCACUGAACACUCUCGUUCAGUUAUUUACAGUUGUGCGAUUGGUUUAAUCUUCGAUUCCUGGACGAUUUCAUUCGCACUACAAAAAUUUCAUCAAUUUGUGUGCAUCCUAUGACAAUAUUUAGUUGCAUUUCAGGUUCAUCUUUUGAGCUGGUGACUACUGUAAUUUUUCAAAAACCGAAAACUUCAAAACUGUUGCUGUUUUAAUAUUGACAGCCUCUAAGGUGAACUUUGGUAUCCAAAGUUUUAUUAAUUUAAAAAAAGGAACUUGUGUCGACGAGACAGGAUAAUUGAUGAUAACGGUCACGUUUUGGGCUUUCUUUUAUUUUUUUUUGUGAAGAGAUGGAAU